GGACUGCUAGACUUUCUUGAUCGCUUCACUCAAACUGAAAUCUGAAUAUAUUUUUUUCGAUCGAGCACUCUCCAAAUUGAGAAUGUAAACAGUGCAAAAAGUGGAAAAAGUAAGGAGAAAUAGAUUGAUAAAUUCUAAAAUAAACAAACAAGGCCAGAGAAAUCAAAUAAAAAUACUAAGAAUAAUUGACGCUUAAACUAAUAGUCACGGGCUUCCUGUGUGGUUAUCUAGUCGAGGAAGCCUAGUACUGCUACCAUGGUUUCUUGUUUGACCACAAACUGUAAAACAACUUUGUUCUUUCAAAUAAUCACAGAGAAUAUCAUGAAAGUUAUCAAAAACAGUGCUUUUAACUGGUAAACAUUUAUCUAAGAAACAAUGUCUAAGUCUCCAAAGACCGCAAACUCUACAAAAUCUGUCCACAACUCCGAGAAAGGCGAAGAAACAGCUGUCGAAAGAAAAAAUGAUCCAAAAGUUACUACAUUUGGUGUUAAACUGGUCAAUCGAUUAACAAUGCACGAUUUGAAGUCAAUACAGGAUGCUUUUACAAUAAAUCAGUCUGGUCAAGAGAGGGAUUUAAGCCUUGAUAUAGACCAGUUCUGUGAGAUCCUGUCAAUUGUAUUAAACAAAGGUGUACGAGAGGAAUAUGAGGAACUGUUCAAUAAGAUUGAUGUCUCUAAAGAGGGUUUUGUGGACUGGGACAAAUUUUCCUCUCAUAUGCUGUUAGAAUAUUAUGAAAAAGAUGACAGAAUGAAGACAACACAGGUUCCACAGUGGAGAGAGCUGCGCAACAUCGCAAGUCCUCACAAAGAGAUCAUCAGAAGAAUUUUUCCUUUGAGCUCCCCCUCUCGAUAUCUGUCAGUCAGUAAGGAAGGGGUAGUGUGUAUGUGGUCGUUGAGUAUGAAACCAAUAAGAGCAAUGCAAGUGCACACAGAUCAAGAUGAAGUUAAGCAGAGAGAUUUGUGGGUAACAGACUUUGUUCCAAUGCAGAAUAUCUACAAACUGGCUCUUUCAUUGACUAGCAAAGAGAUUGCCAUCUAUGAUCUCAGUUCAAAGUCAGAAUUCAACUGUCAAUAUAGAAUCAAAAACCUAGAUGAUACACCAUUGUGCUUGGAUUACUGGAAUAACCCAGACAGACCCAAUGAAGCUAUUUUAGUUUAUGGCGAUGUUUCUGGACAGGUCAAUGCUCUUUUGUUUUCUGCUGUGAAUAUUGCUCUAUUUGACAGACCAGCACAGCCUGCUGGCAGCAAACAAGAUGUAUGUUUAAGUGUCGAUAUAAAUGAUGUCGCACACGGUCAUUACAGAAAUGCUAGAAUAGUAAAACACCAUGGACACACUGAAUGGACAAGACAAGUUAUGUACUCAGCGCACUUGGAUUGUUUCAUCUCAUGCGCGACGAACUAUAAGAACUCCCUGGUGCUUGGUUGGGUUGAGAAAACCAAGUCACAGAUGAGGACGACUGCAUUCAAGAUCCCUCAAGGAGUAAAUGCGUUUGAUUACAAUGACAAAAUGAAUUUAAUAGCAACUGCUGGUGUCAAUCAUCAUGUAUGUCUGUGGAAUCCUUACGUCAUAUCAAAACCAGUCGGGGUAUUACGAGGUCAUAUGCAGAGUAUAAUCGCUGUCAAGUUUAUACAAUUACGUGGUCAACUUAUUAGUUUGUCCAAGGAUAAGGUAUUACGGAUAUGGGAUACCCAUCUUCAAGUUUGUCUACAAAGAUUAUCAGGGAUGUUUCCAAAAGGACCAGCAGAAGUGUCAAUAUCAAUGUUUUAUGACGAAGAACACAGCAAAUUAUUUACUGCUUUCAAUCAACAAUUAACGUUAAUGGUCAUGAAGCCCGAAGUUAAAGACAGAAUAAUGAGUCAUGAGCAGCCCGUGACAGCAGCUAUUUACAACAGCAAAUUUAAUCAGGUGGUAACCGCUUGUACUGGUUCUGUGAUAACCAUGUGGAUGAUAGAUACAGGACAAAAAGUCAAACAGUUUGCAAACGCUCAUGGUAAUGCAGAAAUCACUACGCUCACCCAGGAUGCAACAGAAACUAGAUUAUUCACCGCAAGUGCAGAUGGGACAGUUAAGAUCUGGGAUUUCAACGGUCACUGUCAUAACAUUCUAAUGGCUGGAGAUGGUAAUCCAGCAGAAAUCUGCCAAGUACUUUGUCUUAAGAGAAUGAUCUUAGCUGUUGGCUGGGACAGGGCCUUAUGCGUUUUCCGUGAUGCUCAAAUGAACACAUUUUAUGUUCAUCCUUCAGAUUGGAAAGGUCGACAGGAGCAUCAAGAUGAUGUGCUAUCUGUCGCCUAUUGUCCUCCAGCAUGUCUCGCUACAGCCAGCUACGACGGGGAGAUUGUUAUCUGGAACCUAAACUCGGAACAGGCGUCUCGACAUCUCUCGGCAUAUCCACCAAGAAAACGUACCAAGUCUUCGCGAAGACAAAAGAAAAUGGAACGGGAAACACCUACACUACCGAGCUCGGCUGAGAUUGAAGAGUUUCUCAAGCCCGGUAACACAGGAGAGCGAACCACGUCAUCCAUGUCGAAUAAAAGCAACAGAGACAAAGAUGAAAAGGAUACAGACGGUGGACAUGCAAUUACAAUGCUGCUGUUUCUUAAUGCAAGAUCGCUGUCCAACUUGCCUGGCGGCGCUAAUCUGGUAUCUUGUAACUCUAGCGGAUGGGUUCGUUUUUGGAACCAGCACGAGCCGUCGGUAUUGGGAGAAUUUGUCGCUCAUUUACAUGCUGGCUCUCUAACGAUGAAUACAGAGGAGACAAACUCUUACCUCGUGACUGGAGAUGCUGAUGGGUUAAUAAAAGUCUGGGACAUCAACGAUUAUUGCGUGACAGGGAAUGUGUUACGUAAAGAUCCCCCUCCACUUCUGAAGCAGUUCCAGCCACACACUGACAUCAUCAAUAGUAUAGAACUGCUGACCAGGAAUGAACGACUGCUCGUAUUAACUGCGUCAAGUGAUUGUUCAGCUGCAUUGUGGGAUAUCGAAGGACGACAAAUCGGAWUAUUCGGCCAGGAGGAACAUUGGAAAAUUGAACCGAUUUCUAAAGAAGAACGAGAAGCAGAGAGACAGCGAGAAGUAGAAUUAAUUGAUCAAGGUGACGAAGAAGACGAAAAAGACGAGGAUGAAGCAGAAGUUGAGGAAGAAGAGCAGUAUUUUACCGAUGAAACCUUUGAUCCCAGCUACAGAAUAACUACAUGGGACAAAACCAUAUUAGGAAAGUCGUAUCAAGAAGAAAGGGGCAGUAAACGUGAGCGCCGUCAACCAAAUAGUAUUCCUAACCUGCCAUAUCUAACAUGGGAAAAGACGGGCCAAACUCCUGCUGGACCUUAUGCGGCAUUGGAAACUAAAGAUCUAGAUGACGUUGGAAUAAUAAAUAAACCGGAUUUCAUUCUAAAUCCUGAAAAAUAUUUCAGCGAAAGAAAUUCGGGCAAAAAUCGAUCUUUGCCACCACUGCCUUCCAUUACUGAACGUCUUCAGAUGAGGUACGACGAGAAAAGUCUUUUUCCAAAGUCCAUUCUCGACAUGGAGGCCAAGAUGAAAGCAACACAUGCAAUGCGCAUGUCCAUGGGAGGUCGUCGUCGAGAGAGCGUCUUAAAAGGUUCCCGGAUGCAAGUAGGAAGCGUAUCAAGACGCCCGUCUCACUGGAACAAGAUGAUUAUGAAAAGAGGAAAGAAUGAUGUCGAGUAGGUAACUGCUGGCAGAGGAGUAGACUGGACACCAGAGUCAAGGAAAUGACCACUAGCCCUUUAUCAAAGAAAGACAGAGAAACGACUUAUAAGAAUAUUUAAAGCUAGCCUGCGUACAUCCGGUUUAACGCUGGAUGAACUCAGGCUAAUUUAAAGCCAGCCUGCAUCCGAAAACCUUUGUUUGUUUUGACUGUAAAACAGCAAGUUAUAAAUUUGCAUCAGUUCAAAAUGUAAAAUACUCCGAAUUUCCAUAAAUGUAAGAAAACCUCGUCAACGUUCUCGGUUGCUUGUCGUCCUUUCAAUUAUAUAGAGUUCUCUGUUUAAAUAUUCAUCAAAAAAACAAAAUUCAAGAGAAACUCAGCCACAGCCUCGAAUUUUUGACUGGACUUUAAAACUGCGGUCGUAAGAAUAGAGCUGUCUAUUCGACUUAUUUAUCAAUUUCACUCACAUCUCACGUAUUCGUUGUACUGCAUUGCUCAUACAUUGCCUAUUUUUAUCAAGUCAUUGUCGCACUCUGAAAAUGAGUGAGCAAUGUUACUAGUAUAUUUUUUACUCUUUUAUUUCGAUAUAGUCUUCUUUAUAUUUUUAAAACAAACGCUUAACUGAUAUCUUUUUAAUGUAUUAUAGGAUAACACAGACUUUGUAUAGUAUAUUAUAGUAAAAAUUGUACAUAAUGGAUUUAUAUUUAAGUCUGUUUCACAAUGAGAAUAAAUGUGACUGUUUUGAUAUUUUUGCUGUAAAGAGAGAAAGGUAAAAAUAAAUCAAUUUAGUUUUCACAGGA